AUGUCGGGCCGUGACAUGUCGCGUCGACAAGACAACUACAAGGCAAAGGGUGUUUUCAAGCAGGAUGAGCUCCGAAGAAGACGCGAGGAGGCUCAGGUCGAGAUUCGUCGUCAGAAGCGUGAAGAGUCCAUGGCAAAGCGUAGGAAUCUCAACGUUGGCGAUGACACUGACGGCGCAGACUCGGACGACGAUGACACCGCAUCCGCUGCCAUCGACGCUCAACUCGCCGAUGAGCUCCCAAAGAUGAUCGACGAUGCUAUGAGCGACAACCUCGACCGCCAACUCGACGCUACCACCAAGUUCCGCAAGCUGCUUUCCAAGGAGAAGAACCCGCCCAUCGAGCGCGUCAUCGCCGCUGGUGUCGUUCCUCGCUUUGUCGAAUUCCUUCGAAGCCCUCACAGCAUGAUUCAGUUCGAGGCUGCCUGGGCACUCACCAACAUCGCCUCCGGUACUUCUGAUCACACCCAGGUUGUCAUCAACCAGGGUGCCGUGCCUGUCUUCAUCGAGCUGCUCUCUUCGCCCGUGCUCGACGUACGCGAGCAGGCCGUCUGGGCUCUCGGUAACAUUGCUGGUGACAGCCCCAAGUGCCGUGACUACGUCCUUCAGGCCGGUGCCAUGCGUCCUUUGAUUGCCCUCCUUAGCGAAAACCACAAGCAGAGCAUGCUCCGCAACGCAACCUGGACGCUCAGCAACUUCUGCCGUGGCAAGAACCCGCAGCCGGACUGGGCCAUGGUUUCGCCCGCUCUCAGCGUCCUCACCAAGCUCGUCUACUCGAUGGACGACGAGGUCCUUAUCGACGCCUGCUGGGCCAUCUCGUACCUCUCGGAUGGUGCUAACGAGAAGAUUCAGGGCGUCAUCGAGUCUGGUGUCUGCCGCCGCCUCGUAGACCUGCUCACCCACCCUUCCACGGCCGUUCAGACCCCUGCGCUCCGCUCCGUCGGUAACAUCGUCACCGGUGACGACUACCAGACUCAGGUCGUCAUCUCGUCUGGUGCGCUCCCACCUCUGCUCUCGCUCCUCUCUUCGCCUAAGGAGGGCAUCCGCAAGGAGGCCUGCUGGACCAUCUCCAACGUCACCGCCGGCUCCUCGCAGCAGAUCCAGGCCGUCAUCGAUGCCAACAUCAUCCCUCCUCUCAUCGACAUUCUCCAGCACGCCGACUUCAAGACCAAGAAGGAAGCCUGCUGGGCCAUCAGCAAUGCCACCAGCGGUGGUCUCUCCGAACCCCAGCAGAUCCGCUACCUCGUCUCGCAAGGCUGCAUCAAGCCUCUCUGCGACCUUCUGCGCAGCAUGGACAACAAGAUCAUCCAGGUCGCCCUUGACGGUCUUGAGAACAUUCUGAAGGUCGGCGAGAUGGAUCGCGAGUCUGCCGGUGGUGACGCUCCCAACCAGUAUGCACUCCACAUCGAGGAGUGCGGUGGCAUGGUCUCGAUCCACAACCUGCAGCACCACGAGAACCUCGACAUCUACAAGAAGUGCUUCUACAUCAUGGACAAGUACUUCCCCGAUGACGAGGCGCAGGACACGGGUCUGGGCGCUACUCAGGUUGACGAGACUGGUGCUUUCGCCUUCCAGUCCGACCUCAACGCUCCUCAGGGCGGCUUCAACUUUGCUCCUGCGCAGAAUGGUAUGCAGCAGUAG